AACACCAUCGUUGGGGGCCAAGUUUUCCGGCGCCAGCAAGUUGUUCGUCCACCAACUAACUUUGAUGAGUCUUUCUUCAACACUUCGUAGAGCAGCCGCGCAAGGCCUUUCCUUCGCGUGAAGGUAGCGAUCCUUCCUAGAUGAUAUCGCUAUUCAUUGUUACUUUUUACUUCAAUGAGUAGUGUAGUGUCUCUCCGAAAAUAAAGUCAGCUGCCUUGGCAUUAGGCAUUAGUACUGCCUAGGCCUAGCACCUGGACUUGGAAAAAAAUUGAUUUUGCAAGUCUUCAAUCAUGUUUGCAUGUACGCGCUAUCCAGCCAUGUGGCGUGAACAGAUUCUGGAUUGCCUGACGUGAAAGGUAGCGCGCGCGGGCCCGCGAGAGUCGUACGCGCGCUCGCGGACGUGUCUGACACGUGAAACGAAAAGAUUUUUUUGGCGGGUAGUCGGCAAAAAUUAAGUGACGGUCCCUUUAGUUUAGUCCUUCGCGGGAAGGCGCAGCUGAUCCGACAACAAGCGCAUGGAAACCACGUGCCCAUAGCGACACGCUUUUUGACUUGGCUCAGAUCAGGCAAGGCCAAGCUUGAUAUGCAUGCAAAGCUAAAGAAGUAAAGAGACAGCUAGACUAGAGCCUAGAGGAUCGGAAGCCGAAGGAGUGUGUGCCAGCCACACUGUCACAGCAGUCAUCAGAACUACUUCAACUAAUACUUCAGUGAAGCAUGUAGUCUGUAGGUGACGAUCAACAAACAUUCAAUCAAUGAGCUUUUUCGUGAAGAAUCACGAUCAAUAUUUUCUACUCAGUCCAGCCGCGGCAAGUACCGGUAUUUGCACCUGAACUGGCUGCUAAUGUACAUGAUAACAUCGGCAGUCGACUCGAUGACACUGCAUUGCAAGUGAUGCCAGCGUUCGUUGAAGGCAGGCAAGCAAGGAGGAAAUCUACAGUCAGAAACUACUGCUAACCCUGCUACGGCCUAUGACCAGCAGCCGUGAUGGUAAAAUAUUAUUACGAUUUGUAGUGGCAGCAUAGUGAGCAUACUAAAAUAACAUGAAGUGCUAGUAGCAGCUGCUACACACAUAAUAAUUAUUAUUAUUGUGUCGGUCAGAUUCAGUGCGUCUGCAUUCUGCACAUUAAUUGCAGCGCCAUCCGCCGUUCAGUACUAUAAGCGUUGGCCUGCGUCGGACUUGCGCCUGCAGCCAGCAGAGCUGUAUGUCAGUAAUCAGCAGCUGAAUGUCGGUCACAACAGCAGUAGCUGAAUGUCGGGCACAACAGCAAUACUCAGUUAGUCAGUAGCUGCUACAGUACAGUGUCGUGAUGUGCGCAUGAAGUGGACUAUACGUAUACCGCCACCGUCCGAAUCACGACAAAUCUCUGCUCCAGCCACGGGCAGUUACCCCAGUUAUACCCGUUGAUCACAGGAUACUGUGCCGCGUGUGCGCGUGGUCACUGUGUCAGCGCUGGCAGCAAGUAGUUGUGUAUCACCUGUAACUGCAGCAGAAUUCUGUGAUACAAGCGAACAGUAUAAACUUCUGAUAAGCACUGAGCCCAGCACUAUCCGAUACACGCACAUACACUCGAUCAGGAACAAACCGGAUACUACCUGACAAUAACAAACAAAGCGCAUGAUUGCAUGCGACUGCUCAUUGCCAGCGGCUCCAUGUAAGCCUAGCCCAUAGUAGGAGACAGGCUGAAACCGCGGCCACAGCAGCAGCUGUAUCCCCAACGCACUGUGGCAGCUGCUGCUCGACCGACGGACGGAUUCCUUCCUUGUGAUCACACAGUACCAUGGAUAUGGCAAGACGUCGGUACUGCCUUGAGUCGUGCGACUCCACACUACUGGACAAUGCCAUGCCGGAUCACCAUGACAGCGGCUACAUGCUGCGCUUCCUGCAGGACAGUGAGGAUCUUCCCAUUCCCGCGGCCGUCUUCGUAGAGCCCCCGGACAACGGUGGUGGUGGCCAUGGUGACGGCGGUGGUGGCUGUGACGACGGUGGCAAGUCGGCCGUGAGAAAGCGGAAUAUCAUGUACCGUCCACUGGACAUCUCCUAUGUCAGUGAUCGGCUUGUGGUGUGUAUCGUCAGUGGACUGGCCAUUGACAGCAUAGCAGCAUUCAACAAUUGCCGACACCUCAUCAAGCUGGAUGCUCACAAGAACAAGAUCAGCUCACUUCCAGCCAGUGGUGUCAUGGUGACUUGGGCACAACUGCAAGUCCUCUACCUGCAUGAGAACCUUAUCAACUCGAUGGAGGAUGUGCUGAGGCUGUCGGUCUUGCCCAAGCUGCGGCUGCUAACGCUACUGUGCAAUCCGGUGUGUCAGGAAGGACGCUACAGGAAGAAGGUGGUCAAUUCGCUCGGCUCCUUGCUGGCUUUGGAUAUGCAUGUCGUAGCUGAGGCGGAGGUAAUCUGCGGUUGUCACACACCACAGCUGCCACGAUACACGCCAAUGAACGAUGACCUGAGAAUGGACGUGUAUCGAUUGCCGCAGGUCUCGCUACGGGAUGAGCUGAAAUCCGUGAAUGUUCUGCUGCGUACGAUUCACAACAAGCACUUGCAUUCCUCAUUCGUCGUGGUGCUACAACGCAACUGGCGGCGUUUGCACCCAGCAGUGCGAACGACACCGGGCCAUGAUCAAGAUGAACACAGACAGAGCCAUGGUUCAUUGUCACCAGCUGCGGCUGCCACAGCAAUGCAGGACAAUACUAUGCUAGUGCCUGCAAACAGCCAGCUCAACACCAGUGGCGGGAGCGGGAGCGGAGCGACUGAUCCAGGCCGGCACGAGGCACUGCUGAACGCACUGAAGAUGCCAAACGCUUCAUCCGUGCCCAGACUGAAGACGAGGCAGCGGCCCAGGAGCGCACCUCUGCAUGCUACGUCUGCCUUGCCACCGCCAAUGUUCAGAGACAGGUCCCGUGACGUGAGAAACCAGUUCAGGAAGCUAGGUCUCGGUGAAGCAGCCGAACGGUCCACACACAAAAGCAACCACUCGCAUUUUCACCUGAAGCUUCCGGCCAUCCCACAACCUUGCAAGCCGCACCAUCCACAAACAGAGGAGGCUCCACGUAACGCCUUGCCACAUCUGCCUCUAAUACACAAGGCAGCUGGCAUUAAGGAGAUCUCUGACAUACGUAAACACAGACAGGAGAAGUUAGCAGCGGCUUGCGAUGAUCAGCGCAAGUCCCUAGCCUGGCGGCAGGAUGAAAAAGAGGAGACUGAGCGGCGCAGAGUGGAGGACGCCCAGGAGAGCGUGGAGCUGAAGAGAGGCUCUCACGAAACUGAUGACAGCCGGAGGUACCGACAGAUCUGCGGCACAAUGCCGAUCCUAGAUCUGAUCAAGCAUGCCAAGCCAGUGCGACAUCAGAACACCUCGCAGGCAAUGCAACCUGCCAACCGACAGCUCCAUCACCAGAAAGCACAGGGGACGCCAAGCUUUGCCGGGGAGCGUGCCGCAUAUCACUUGAGAGGUGAGCGAGAGGUUAGACGCCAGUGGUUAGAAGAGCAUCGUGCCCUAGUGCACAAUGCGGAGCAAAAACAGAAGAAAGAGCACAAGAGUAAACUAGAACAUGCCACAGCAACCAGAAGCACAGCUUCCUGCGGCGCGCAAGUCAAGACCGUGACGAGGGCGUACGAGCAGAAUUUCGCGUGCCAGAUGUCAACAGUGAUGAAGCACGUGUCCAAGCACCGUGCAAAGACCAAGGCGCGGUCGACACAUCGCUCGCGUGCUUUGACCGUGGCAUUCCAGCGCAGGCUGGAAGAGCAGUACCGCCAGGGAAUCCGCGAGGACAAGGAAUGGAAAGUGUCUCUGGCUGCAGCUCAAAGAAAAUUGGAGAAAGCCAAAGUCAACACGUCGGUGGAGCUUGCUAUUGACAAGCAGGAGAGGUUAGCACAGGAGCUAGUCUCGGACCUACGCCGUGAGGAGAAGCAGCGGGCGCAGAGAAUCGCAGAGCAGAAGAAAAACGGAAACCUGAAGUCCUUCUCGGCCACAUCUCUUCGGACGCGCACGGUCGACAUGUCCGUAAUCCCGGCCUCGAGCCUUGAAAGCUCAUUCCCAGUGCGAAACAUUCACCUGGGCCAUCCUGCCUAUGCACCGGCAACUCCACAAGAGCACUGUAUCUGCUCACCGACGACUAGAGUUGUCUUGCCAAGAUGAGAACUGCCCCAGAACAGUUCUACUCGGGCAGUUACCAUGCUUACGUAGUCUUGUGUACAACUUCUGAAUUCCUAAGAUCAGUAUUAGUUGCCUUGUUUUAACUGCUUUGACAUCUUGAGCUUCUUCUUGUAAUACAAUCAUGUAGUGGCAUUGCAUGAUGUAAGCCUCCCCCCCCCCCCCCCUCUCACUUCCAGGACAUCACGGUCUGGUUGAUAGUCGAAACUCAUUCUAGUUCUGAAAACCAGACAUUGAACAAUGGCAGCUAGUAGAAAUGUAGAACAUCUAAAAGAUUAUGUCAAAUCAAUAUUUAUACGGAUUGGCGGCAAAGAAAACAAACUUUGAAGUAAAAAAAUAAUAAUUAUACCCGAUAGAAGUGUGGCACGCACCGAUCAUGUGAGAGGUUUCAAGCAGCUCUAGAGUCCAGAUACAUGUACAUGUACGUGUGAAGCCAACACAGCCAUCCGGUAUGGCGCUGAUAAUGCCUGAUAUCCACCAACAGAGAGAGAGGGGAAAUGAGAAUAACUCUUCCAACAACACAACGCAGUUCUCUCUUGUUUGGAACGGCAUACUAACGCAAACGGUACCACACGCAUAAGUUACUAGUAGUCGACAACAGUGAAUGGUGCCGAUCAUGCUUGUGAAAUUAAAAAACAAACAAAAACAAAACAAAAACAAAUGCGCUGCAUAUAAAUAUAACGUCAGGUGUACGAUCAGACUGAGCAAUUUCGGGGGUCGUGUCUGCAC